AUGUCAUCUGAGAAGUGGUUCAAGUAUGGGGAGCAGCUUCAGCGAGCCGAGACUGACCCUGACGGCCACCUCAACCUCGAACAGCUCGCAGCCACGCUUGGCCUCGACCCCAAGACGCUUCAGCUCGACGGCGUCCUCAGAGCCUACAGCCCCAGCGGCUACACCUUCACUGCCAUACAAGGCGGUGACAACAGCGAUUCUGCAAUCAUUGUGACGGGCAACCCUGCAACGGCACACCUCCUCACGCUUUAUGAGGUGGUGACAUACCCCGUCGCGCAGCUCACCCAGCGACUCAGCCCCCGCUCUUCGGCCAGCAAAACGCAGCCCAGUCAGCCCAGGACCUUUUCGGACAUUCUGCCAUGGCCGGACUUCAUCGCGGGCUGCAUGGCGUUGCUCGGCAGCCUGGACAACAGUGAGCGCAUCUAUAACGCACCAAGCGGCCGCAUACUGCCCAGCGCAUCGCACACAGUACGGUCAGCAGCGGACGAGGCUGAGGUCAGGGGCCGGGUCCUCAGCCUGCUAGACAGCAUCAACGACGUUGCGGAGGUGCUGGGCAUCCCUGUGGAGUGCACAAGCGGGGGCAGCGGACGCAGCAGCUCCUUCACAGACCUGGUGGUGCGGCUGACAGGCUCGGCCACCAACCCUGCGCACCUCAGCGCCCUCAUUCUCGCGGCUGGAGAGGUCAAGGGCAACUGGCAGUUCGAGCUGGAGCGCGGUGAAACCCUGGAGGCGGCGCUGCAUGACCCCAAGCGAAUCGUCAAGAUCGUGCUGGCUGUGCAGCAGGUGUACGGCGAUGCUGUGUUUGAUGAGGCUCCCAUGCUCAUCCUCACCAACUACCAUGUCACCGUGUUCCUCAAGCGCAGCGCAGACGUCCAGGACAAGCGUCUGUGGGCUUCGCCUCCCAUCUGGUGGGACAGCACAGACCCACCUGCACGCGCAUGCUGGCUCUACUCUCUAGAGCAGGCUCACAGCAUGCGUGCAAUGAAGCAGAAGCUGCCGCGAUUCGCUGUGCCCCCCACAAUGAAAGGGUACCACAUUCCAGCGCAGUCGCAGCUGGAUCAGCCGGUUGUGCAGGAUGCUGGCACAGGACUGAGGCGCAGCUCGCGAGCUCGCACGGCUACCCUCCGCUUGCAAGCGACCAGCGCUUCUGGCAAGGGAUAUGAGCUGGACAGCCUGGCAGCCCGGCAGUCACCAGCCUCAGCCGCAUCAGCCGUCAGCGCCGCACCUAGCAGCAGUGGCAGCGCACCGCCCGCCGACCCGGUGCUGCCCUUAGCAGAUCUGGCCAUCACUGAUAAGCUGCUUGGCGCAGGCCAGUUUGGGCAUGUCCUCCAGGGAAGCUACUGCAUGCAGCCUGUGGCAGUGAAGCUGUAUCACCGCCAAGUAAGUGGUGCGACUGCGGCAUACGAGAACGAGAAGCAAGCCUACCAGGCUCUGGAACAGCUGCAGGGUUCAGCCAUCCCCAACUUCUUCGGCUAUGGCAUGCUCGCGCACACCGCGGUGCCUGUCAUCGUGACAUCUGUUGCUGGCACUGCCCUGCGGGAGGGAGCCCGUGUGCCGCCGUCGCUGCACAAACCCAUGCGGGAUGCGCUCAAGGCGUUCCAUGAUGCAGGAGCUGCUCAUGGAGAUGUGCGGCUUGCCAACUUCCUGGUUGAAGAGCAGAGCGGCAUCGUGCGUCUGGCUGACUUGGGAAGCACAGUCCUCAGGGCCACCAAAGACCAGCAGAAGGCGGAGCAAAAGAAAUUGGCGUCAUUGCUGGCGUGA